CACUGAGGGGGAUUACAGGGAAACAGGACUCUUACCAGCGUGACCUCCUGUCAGACCUAAGUUAAAGCAUUUGGACAACAGUACUGGGCGUCGUAUCAGACGGUUGCAUCUCCAGCACUGUCACGGAUACAUCAGAUGGAGUUCCGAGGCUCUUCCCCUAUCCGGAACUCUACUGGGAUACUGCUGAACUGACCUGAGGACGAAUUUAAAGGGUCAGCGCACCCAAAUUACGAAAUCAACAAUAAGAACCUCAAAAAGCACCUAUGCCACUGCUGAGGCUAAACGUUUGAUGACGCAGACGCAUGCGGUAAGGUACUGGGGGAAGGAAACGGGGCAUUGGGUCAGUCCUCCAUCAAAAAACCCCCGUAUCUUAUCACUCAGAAAAGAGGAUGUUCUGCAGCACAAACCUGUUUGUCAAGCUGCUGUCAUCCUCGCAAGCUGCCGCCAAACCAGUGCAGGAGUCAUGUCGAUCACCUAUGUCUUUUCUGACGAUUACUUUGACCAAAUCAACGGAACCAUCCCAAACAAUCAAACGCUCUACGUUGAUCCAAAGACUACACCAUGUGAGGCAAAACCGCUGGAACUCACAGCAGCCUUGACCCUGUGUCUCGUCCUCUCAGCCAUCUGUUUACUGGCAAUACCAGGAAACGUGUUAGUGGGCUGGGUGAUCAGCACCAGCAGACAGGCCCUGACUCCAUCGGAUGUGUACUUGUUUCAUCUGACAAUAGCAGAUGGUCUGAUGGCCCUCACCCUCCCAUUCUUCGCUGUAGCAUUGGUCAAAGGAUGGAUCUUUGGAGACUUCAUGUGCAAGCUCCUCAACCUUAUCUUCGAAGCAAACUUCUACACCAGCAUCAUCUUCCUGGCCUGUAUCAGCAUCGACCGUUAUCUUGUGAUUGUGCGCGCCAGUGAGAAUCUCAAGAGUCGCCAGCGGAUGUGCAGCCGGAUUCUCUGUGCAGCAGUCUGGGCCCUCGGCUGUGCCCUCAGUCUGCCUGCGCUUUUCAACGAUGCCACCAAGCUCAACGAUGACUCCGACUUCAUUACCUGCUUUGAAACUUUUGACAUCGGCAGCGCCACCUCAUGGAGGCUUGCCACUCGUGGGUUACGGCACAUUUUCGGUUUUUUGAUCCCUCUGAAUGUGAUGAUAACCUGCUACUGCAUCACCAUCGCAAGGCUGCUGCGCACUCGUGGUUUCCGGAAGCACCGUGCUAUGAGGGUGAUCGUAGCCGUGGUGGUUACAUUUCUGCUGUGCUGGACGCCGUACCAUAUCACCUUGAUAAUAGACACGCUCCUGAGGGCCGAUCUGAUACCAUUUAACUGCGCUGUGAGGCAGUCAGUGAACCUGGCUUUGGUUGUGACCAACACUCUGGCUCUGAUCCACAGCUGCAUCAACCCUGUCCUCUAUGCAUUCGUGGGAGAGAAGUUCAGGAAAAAUAUGAUGCUGCUUUUUCAGAGGAAACUCAGACAGGAGAGGAUGUCAAUGUCAAAGUUCAGCAGGUCGACAUCUCAGACAUCAGAAGGCAAUGGAACUAUUAUCUGAGACCUUUUAUUUUUUUUUUUUUUUUUUUUUUUUAUACAGCAUAACUUCCUAUUUAACAAGGCUUUUAAGUCCAGAAAGGAAGAUGCUCUCCCAAAUCCCACUCUUAAAAAAUAAAGUAUAAUGAAGUGUUUUGUUACCCACGUACUGUAAAUUCUCACUACGGCCUGUGCAAUGGAUUAUAAAUUGAUCUUCAAGACACAGCCAGUGUCAGCAAUAUGAGUAACCAACCAGGAAAAAAAGGGAAGGUUACGAAUGAAGUUUAAACUAAGAUCAAUUUGGUCGAUUUUUCUCUAGGCCAGAGAAGAAGUCAUUUCCGUCUGAGGUCCAAAAAUCUUUGAUUGCCCUGUUUAGGAUAUUUUGGGAUGCGUACAGUACUGUCUCUGAAAUUCUGCCUUUGGAUUACAUGUUACACUGCUGCCAUCUAUUGAGCUCACCGUCACCUAUAUCCACUACUGAAAACUUGUAUUUCCAGCCUCUUAUUUGAUUAAGUCUGUGUUUAUGUUUCUCAUUAAGUAUUUUUGUUGCUUAAGAGUGGAUCAGCCUUUGUAGUGAUGACAUAUAUUAGGAAUCUGUUUUUAACCAAUGUGUGUACUGUAGUAGAUCUUCCUAUGUACUAUCUUUCUAUGUUUAUUUAUAUAUGAUAUAAAUUCAUAUGACCUUUAAAGUUUGUGUAUAUUGCUGUCUUUUUCAGUAAAAGUGAGUAGCUUUGCAACCUUCCCUGGACUGACUGAUUUAUUCCUGUAGACUUGUGGUUGGUUCAUAUUCACAGGGGGUCCUCCUUACCAAUAAAAUUAUAAAUAACUCAUCUGUCUUAUAAGGAAAUAAUCAACAAUGAACUGGGCAACCUGCAUCUGCUGAUUAAUAUCUUGUGGUAUGAUCAAAAACUCCAGGACAACUUCUAAUGGACAUUGUGGUGACACUGCUUUGAAAUCAACUUCUUUAAUGUUGAUGCUUUUGAAUGGAGCAAUACUGUAGGAUGUAUAGUCAGCAUGAAUAAAGAUACAAAAUAUGAUUGAUAUUUACAUUUUGUUUAAAGUAAAAUUUACAACCAUUGCAACAGUGUGGACCAGCUGGAUGCUCACUGAGAAAUGAUUAUUAAUUAUUAUUAUUACUGUGAUUUCACUGUUUUCUGUUUUCCAAAUGAACACAACUUAAUUAACUGGUAUGACAUUAACAUUAGCUACAAAAAUGAUUUAAUACAUUUUUUUUUCAA